AUGAUUGAAGAUACUACAGCAGGUUAUGAUGUAUUAUCACAUGGUACACUUCAUUCACAACAAAUUAUUAAAGGUCAAUCACUUUUGGAUAUGUCUUCUAUACAAUUAACACUUUUUAAUGUUGUAUCGUUAGUUGAAUUGCCACCAAGUGAUCCAUUUGUUGUUGCUUUUCGAGCAUUAGAUAUCAAUCGUCAAACUAUAAAUCGAUGGUUAAUGAAUAUGAACAUGAUACUUCGAUGUCUUGUACAAAAUUCAACUGAAGACGCUAAAUUAACACAAUGGAAUGAUGUUGUAUCAUCAGUUAAUUUAACACGAGAUGAAAUGUUUAGUGUGGCUCUUCUUCAUAUUUUACAUGAUGUUGUAUUACAAAUUUUAACUAAUACUCGACAAUUACGCGGUCAAAUCAAUAUGAUAUUAGUUUCUCUUGCAUCCGAUUAUCGCUAUUUAUUUAUGUAUAUUAUGGAAAAUGUUAAACAAUUUCGAACAAUUGUAAAUAAUUUUCGUCAAUUACGAAUUCAUGAUGAAACUGUACAUCGUCUUGAUACAUUUGCAUAUUUAAUUAUUUUAAAUAAAUAUUUUCAAUUAUUAUCAUCAAUUUAUAUACCAUUAUUAUUACAAUGGACAUAA